AUGGCACGCCGAGAGAAAACAGUAGAAAUAAACUAUAUCGACACCGAAUUUUCUUCCGGGGACUGCAAACAGAUGAGAACGAAACACUACCAGGAGGAGAACAACAACGUAGUUGAUGAAUUGUCCAAGGAAUUGUCCGAGAUGGGGUGUAUAGUAGACGCAGCGAAAAGACCCCCUAAUAUCUGCGUCGAAACUUGCGUCUACGAGGAAUCGGAGUCCGAAAAUGAAAAGACUGAGGUCUAUAACGAAGAGGAUGCGUACUCCGACGAAUUUGAGGAGGAUAAAAGUGAGGAAGAGGAAUCUGUGAAGUCUUUACCCAAGUCUGUGAUGAGUGACACAAGCAGAGAGCCCACCAAUAGGUCUUCCAUGAAGUUAACUAAAAGUCAGUCUUCUAUAACUAGUCAUCAUAAGGCACCAGGGUCUGUGUCGGGAAGAUCUACCAGUUUUGGAUCAGUAUCUGGCCUAAAAACACGUCGUAUCAACAUGUCUUUCACGAACGAGCGUCUUCGAGAGAUUGAGAGGCAUAACCACAUACUCCUGACGAAGAUCCUCAGUGCCAGGAACACGAGGAAGUGCUCCAUUCCAUCUCGGGAGCAGGAGGCUCGAAAACCUGUACCCUCGGCUGCAGUCUGCCGCAAGAACCAACAGAGACAGAUUGACCAUGAUAAUAUGAUUCUUCUAAAAAAGAUCCAGCGCGCGAAAUCAUCAGCCUGCAGCAUCCGCCGUUGA